CCACUCCCCUCAACCAUACUUAUCGAAACUCUUGAGCCUAAGAUCCAUGAUUCAAGAGAAGCAAGUUCAUUUCUCUCCGUCAACUGGCAGAUCGUCUUGGCUGCCUUAGCCAGUCCAGAUUGGCGGUCGUGGCUAAUCUGGCUGCAUCGCUCGACGUCAACAUUUGCAGCUACCGCAUUUGUCUCCUCUCCGUCUGUUUGCCAAACUUCCGCCUUCGACCUCAACACCUGCCCUGCGGAUCACUUAGCAGCUAUUCAGCAUGAGCUGGUCACUCACCUCCUCUUUCAUCUUCACCAUCCCCGUUGUCAACCAAGCUCCUCCUUCGUUCCGCUACCUCCUUCAUCAGACAGAAUGGCGGCUGUUAGAAUGGAGACGGAUUUUGAGUUUACCAAAGACAAGGACUGCGUUCAAGUCACGUCUGGUGAUAAUUUACAAUUUGCUGUAUCUUAUUCUGAACCCUACACAUACCCAAUUGAGGCAACGAAUGACCUUUCGUCUACUGACUAUCACCGACUCUUGCCGAGUAUACAUGGUUUGGCUAUCGCUUGUCUAUUCAGGACACCAUCACCGGAUUUCCUCAUCUCUUCUAGUCUUUGCUCGCAUUCUGUUACUAAAUUUUCAGCUUGUGACUCUUCCCAUCUACCACAAGCUUAUAGGAACCCCUUUCAUAGCGGGUGCGAAGUAAUGGAAGAACCCAAAACCUCCAUUAAUCCCCACGAUUCUGAAGAACUUUGGGAUCCACUUUCUAUCCUCUUUGGAGUAGCUUUCAGUUGGGACUUAAUAGUUCGUGCUGAGCGACUACCGCGAGCAGUUUCUUAUUCAAUUAUUACGACUCGUCAGCAUUUCAUCAUUGCUCUGCUAAAGAGGCUUCGUCUUCUCAUCUCCAAGCUUCAGAAUGGAAACAAUUCAACAACUUAUGGUGACGGAAAAUUAGUGCAUUCCACUAUUUCUCGAGACCUUCUUCUUCUCCUUCACAUGAUGAACCUUGUCUAUAUUGCUGCCGGGCUGCCAGUCAACUCAUCACCUACACACACAAAGUUUCUUCCUCCAGGUUCCUAUUUUCAGAUUCAAGAACAGCAGCCGCAACCUAUCAAUGGCAUCCACAUGCUUGGAUCCUAUCCCCUUUCACUAAAUUUUUCCUCUCCCUCAGGGCCAAUCUUUGUUCCUCUAUUUUCAUCCAUCCGAGAUCAAUAUUUGCUAGAACCUAAUAAAUCACAUAAAUCUGGGGCUGCCACUCUGACGAACUGCAGAAGAGCAGUUAAUAAUCAUGCUAUCCCUAAGGCUAGCUAUCAACAUAUCUACCACUCAAGCGGGAAUAUAAGCAACAUGGCUGGCUUAAUUGCGAAUGGCGCCCUUGGCUUAGUUCAAUCUCUUCUUCGAAUAGAAACUGGCUCUUUAUUAACCUCAGACCACCGCUCAAUUUGGCCUGAACUGAGUCAGGCCGCCCAACAAACUCUUUUGUUGGCACUUCUUUCCGCUGCCGCCUCAGCCCCUAACUACGGCGCUCUUGGAUUCAACAUUUUGGGGGGUAGAUCACUGGAUAAAAAUUUAUUCGAUACAAGUUCUAAGAAUAUUUCAGAAACUCUUACUCAGCCGCUUCCCACGACCAUCUUAUCACUGAGCCGCCGGUCCUGUAAUAUUUCUCAAAGCAUAAUGUGGUUACAUCUUGUCGAUUUGCUCUACUGUCUACAGGCGAAACCAUGGGCUUCAUGGUUAUUUAUCUCUUCAAUACUCGCAUCUAAAGUGCCCCGCUUCAAAGAAUCGGUCUGCUUCAAUUCCCUUGCUGUCUCCCCCGAUUUGCUGGCAUCUGUGGCUUCCUCUGUGAGCCUGGACCUCUCGAUCACUUUUUUUCGGACAGUUCCGCUUCAUCUCAUUCCACCUCUUUCCAUACCCAUUUCAGGAAGAUUGAGUACUUGGGUAGAACAAUUAUUGGCACGUUUGUUCAAUUGCCUUUCUGCUAUCAGUGGAACCGUCGAUCAGCUUAUCUAUCGUAUCACCUUGGGUCAGUCUGGCUUCUUGAUUGAUGCCAAGGGAGACCCCUUGUCUGUGGAUGCCUUGAUCAAGGACGAAAGGCCCUCUGAAAACCUAUUAAACGCCCAGCAAAUUACUACUAUCCACCUUAAAACACUUUGGGCCAGAUAUACAGAAAUGAUACUCGCUUUUCGCCUCCUUAGUCUCCUCUUGCCUCGCACUCCUCCUCGACAAGACAUCGGACUCUCCUUAUGGCGACUACUCGACACCAGCGUACAACUACAUCUAAGUGCCGCUCUCUCCAGUGAACAUAUAAAGCCUUCAAGUGCCUAUGUGGAAACCUCAGAGCAAGGUAAAGUUAACAGAAUAAUUUAA